AUGUCUAUUAAACUGGCCUCUCGAGAUCAAAAUCCUGGCUCCGCCACUGGAUUUACUUGCAUCAAUUCACUCGGUCAGUUUGUGGAACACUUCACAGAAAAACAAAUUCCUGAAAUUCUGAUAUUUCCCCCAAACCAGCUGAAAUUUUUUGAACGGAGUAAUAAAAGAGAAACCACGAACGAAGAGAGAGAGACCCCCGGCGACCCCAUCUCCGUCGAAUCCCACCACCGGCGCCUCACCCUCCACGUCAGCGAGCGAAAAUCUCCUGGGCCAGCAACGACGACACCACCGGCGUCAUUACCGACCACCAAGAUUGAUCCACGUCGUAUGGACACAACUUGCAUUUCUACUACGACGUAUGGUCUGAUAGCAAGAGCACCCAACCUUUCUUCUAUUGGUUUGAUGUCGAGGAUGGUAAAGAAUUAAAUCUUCAAUGUUGCCAUAUAAUCGAUCUACAUAGCCAGUGCAUUAAAAUAUCUUGAACCUCUAAGAAGCACUCUUGCCAUUCUCAAACAGUAGGACUACACAUGUGACGAUGAACAAGUUGGCUAUUGUCGAGCAUGCCCGGUUGGAGCCCACUUGCCUUCCUCGACUCCCUAAUGGAAAGAGAAGGUUUCUGCAACUCAAACAAAGCAGUAAAGAUACUUAAUCAUUUGGUGGCGAAGAAGAGUAGAAUGGUUUGAUAGCAAAAAAAAUAGAGAUGUAAUUACUAGGCCUAUUUGUCCUAUAAUUGAAAUACUGGAAUGUAGUCUGUUUUUGUUUUGCAAAUGAGGUUUAAACCAUUAGAGAGGAGAAUGUACUCUUAUUUAUUUGGAUGCGAAUGAUUUUAUGGUUUGUGUUGUGAAUGGAUUUUUGCUAGUGAAUGGAAUUAGAAUGAGAAAUGCCCGGUGUGGGCUUGUGCGUAA